AUGGCGAGGAUGCAAAAUCAAAGCAAUUUACAGGUAACAUUCUCAAAACGACGCGAUGGAGUCUUUAAAAAGGCAACUGAGCUCUCCACUUUGUGUGGUGUUGAUGUUGUCGUUGUAGUUUUUUCUCCUUGCAAUAAACCAUAUUCAUGUGGACACCCUUCCGUUGAGUCUAUUAUGAAUAGAUUUUUGAGAGAAAAUCCUCCGACUGAUACUGAUGCUCCUAACCCCAUAGUUAUUGCUCAUCAAAAUGCAAAUACUGAUGAGAUUAAUAGGAAGCUAAACAGAUUGGAGAUUUCACUCAAAAAGGAAAAAAAUAUGGAGAAGCACUUCAAGCAUCGAGGAAAGAACCUCCAAUCAAAAAACUCAGUUCCUUUGACCUUUAAAAUCUGUGCGAGGCCUUGGAAGCUGCGUAUGAAUAAAUUGAAAGAGUAG